CUCGACCACAUCCACCGUCAGUUGCUGUGCGACUGCCACCUCAUCUCUUUUCUACUCGCGUUUUUCUGGGCUUGAAGCUUCUGCUGCUGUAUUCUGAGCUAUGUCGCAAUUCGCUGACUUCGGAAACCCCGUCUACGACACUUUCGACCUUGAUCUCCUGGUCAAAGUACUCGCGCACACUGCCUUCAGCCCUUUCUUCACGUUCUUUAUCCCCGUGUUCUACUACUUCCAGGGCGCGCGCUGGCCGGCGCCCGUGGUGGUCAUUCCCGCCGUCUACAAUCUCGCGCUCUGCGUCUUCUGGUUCUUUAGAUGGUACUCGCGGCUCUAUCGUAACCAGGGCAGCCUCCUCCACGGACCAGCUCGGCUUGAUUGGGGCGAGCAGCUUGUGGUCAUCACUGGAGGUGCUUCGGGGCUGGGGGAGCUCGUCGCGAACACGCUUGCGGUCCGCAAUGUGCUCGUGGUCGUCCUCGACGUGAAGCCGAUCCAGACGGAGAACCACAACAUCACGUACUACAAGUGCGACGUGUCAAAAUGGGAAGAAGUCGAGGCCGUCUCGAAGCAGAUUGUCGAAGAGCUCGGCCACCCGACAAUGCUUAUCAACAACGCAGGGGUCGUUCAGGGCAAGGCUAUACUUGACCUGACGCCAGAGGAUGUCCAGCAGACAUUCGCGGUGAACACACUCGCUCAUUUCUGGACUUUGAAGGCGUUCCUUCCUCAAAUGAUCAAAGAAAAGACCGGCCACAUUAUGAACAUCUCGUCAGCUGCUGGCAUGGUCGGCAUGGCACGCCUCACCGAUUACGGCGCAUCCAAGGCUGCGCUCAUCAACCUCCACGAGUCGCUCAGAUACGAGCUGGAUCACAUAUACAACGCCCCCGAAGUCCGGACAAGCCUGCUCAUCGCCGGCCACAUCAUGACGCCGCUCUUCGCGACCGCCCGCCACCCCAAGUCCUUCCUGUACAGGUUCUUCUUCCCAAGCCUGGCGCCGGUGGACGUCGCGAAGGCAGUCAUUGCCGCGUUGGACGAGCGGCACUCACAGGUGGUGUACCUGCCGUUCUACGCCAACUUUGUGCCUCUGCUGCACAUGUUCCCGAGCUUCCUGCGCGACUUGGCUCAAUGGAUUACUGGCUGCGACUACGCCCUGCAAGACUUUGUGAAGCUGUCGGGACGGAGGCCCGAGGAAGGCCCUGCUCCCUUUGUAUCGAUGCGCGAGCGUGAUCGCGUCGAGUGAAAUGUAACCUCGCCCCCACUGUGCGGUGCCCCGUUGUUCUCCUUGAAGUCCCUCUCGCUGUGAAUGGUGCUUAUGUAUUGGUGUAAUCUAUUGGAUCGUGGUCUCUC